AUUUUCAAUAGUCAAUUAACUUUCCAUCUCGUAGGAUGACCUUUGUUUUGUUACAUCAUAAUCAACACAAUAGAUAAUAUUUAGAAUGUUCAGAGGAAAACCAAUCACGUCAAAUCUUGGAGGACAUGCUACGAUCAAUAAAGUGUAUAGUUUAUUAUUUAACACUCCUUUUUUAAAUUCGUGCUGCAGUAUGUCUAUCGACAUAGGAGGAAUGCGUAUGAAAUACAAAACAAAAGAUGAUACAUUUGUUGAAAGUCAGCUGGUGAGCAAGAAUCCCUUCGUUCAGUUCAAAGCUUGGUUUGAUGUAGCAUGUAAAACUCCAGGAAUAUUAGAACCAAAUGCCAUGUGCCUUGCAACAUGCUCAAAAGAAGGUUUACCAUCUGCUCGUUUUGUUUUAUGCAAAGGAUAUGGAGAAGAAGGAUUUAAAUUUUUCACAAACUACGGUAGCCGUAAAGCUAAAGAUCUAGAAGAAAACCCAAAUGCAGCUCUGACCUUCUAUUGGGAACCCCUCAAACGAUGUGUCAGAAUUGAAGGAAAGGUUCAAAAAGUACCUAAAGAUGAAUCUGUUGCAUACUUUCACUCCAGACCACGUGAUAGUCAAAUUGGCGCUUGUGCUAGUGAACAGAGUACUGUUAUUGCGGGACGUCAUGUACUUAUAAAUAAAGAACAAGAACUGAAAGAAAAAUACAAAGAUGAUCAACCGAUUGAAUGUCCAUACUGGGGCGGGUAUAUAGUAAUACCUCGAUCUAUUGAGUUCUGGCAAGGCCAAAGUGAUCGCUUACAUGAUAGAAUAAAAUUCCGAAAGUUGCUUCCAAAUGAACAAAUAGAUUUGAAUUUAACACAUGAAGCAGAUAAUGGAUGGGUUUACGAAAGAUUAUCACCUUAAACUUAAAAUUAUUUAUAUUUUUAUGCAGGAAAGCCAAAAUAAAAAUAGUUCAAUAAUUUGAACUUAUAAU